AAGCAUUUUAAUUUGCAUGUUGCUGUCGAUAAUGUAAGACAGAAUAAAUACUCUUAAACAACAAACCAUUGUUCAUUCCAGGUUAUACAGGAAACCCCAGAAGGAGAAAUCAGUAUAUUUUAAUAUAUUUAAGUUUUAAAAGUACAAACAUUCAUUAGUUCUUUUUUAAUGUAAUGGGUUCUUGAUAAACAGUACUUUUUCCUUUAUAUUGAAUUGUAAUAAUACUUGUAUGUGAGUAUUUUUCUAAAAGGAGAAGUAUAAGUACUCUAAAUGAGCAGAAAAGGCCUCAGUGUUGUGUUUUUUUCUCUCUAAGCUCUGAGGGCCUGGAGAUGAUGAGCUGUUUGAGGAAGUGAACUGGACUUUGCUUUUGUUUUAUGGCUCAGUGACGCCCAGUGAUCACUUUGUUUGCUCGGCUCUGCUCAUCCGACGGGGUGACGCAGAAAAAGAAAGUGGCACAUUUAGUUUGCAGCUUUUCUGUUCUUCUCAGAGAUGUCGAGGUACCACAAAGCGGCCAUCGACGGCUACCUGGACCUCCUGAAGGAGGCCACGAGGAAGGACCUGAACACUGCCGAUGAGGACGGCAUGACUCCCACCUUACUGGCUGCUUUCCACGGACACAUCGAUGCUCUUCAGCUCAUCUGCAGCAGAGAUGGAGAUCCCAACCGGAGUGACAUCUGGGGUAACACACCGCUGCACCACGCAGCAGCCAGUGGCCACAUGCACAUUGUCAGCUUCCUGGUCAACUUUGGGGCCAACCUGUUCUCACUGGACAAUGACUUCCACACGCCCAUGGACGUGGCGGCUUCUCGGGACCACAUGGACUGUGUGCGCUUUCUGGAUGAUGCCGCCUCCAGGCAGACCAACCAAAACCCCAAAAAGGUGGCCAACCUUAAGAAGGAGGCCGAAGCAGAGGCGAAAAAACGAGUGAAACUCUGUGAGAAGGUGAAGAAGAGACACCAGACCAAGAUGGACAAACAGCAGCGUGGAUCGGGCAGCAUCAGGUCGACUUCGGAGGCCAGCGUGGCGUCGUCUUUCUCGGAUGGCGGCACCAUGACCAGCGUCAACGAGCAGUUCUCCAAGCUGAUCGCUGCAGAAAAGUCCGGCUCUCUGACGGCCAGGGUUAAAGGAACCCUGCAGAAGAGGCUCGGGAUAAAGGACAAGAACACGCUGCAGAGGUCAGCAGGAGACGGGAACGUUAUCUUCCUCAAACAGGACAACGGAAAGUCCGGCAACCCUGAGUUUCUAGGAGUCUUCAGCGAGCAAGAUGAGGAAAUGUCAGAUGAAGACAGGAUAGAAGACUAUGAUGAAGUCAACGGCAACGAAGAGGGCGGCCAAAUCAAGCAGUCCAUCUUCAACCGGCCCGGCCUCGGAGGUCUGAUGUUCAUGAAGAAGAUGGGGCUGGAGUCGGACGACAUCCCCAGAGGUAACAACGAGAGUCUCGGAUACCUCGUUCAGAACGAGCUGAUAGACCCAGACGAAGACGCUGCCGGCUUCUUUGGUGCCGAAGACGCCGAGCUGCCCUGGGAGCAGGAAGACCUGGGCCUGGACGACGACGAAGACGAGGAAACGUCUCCUCUGAAUGUGUUCCUGUCCAGCAUCUCGCUGCCAGAGUUCGCUAUGGCCUUCAGCAGGGAGCACCUGGACCUGGAGGCCCUCAUGCUCUGCUCCGACGACGACCUGAAAGGGAUCCGCAUCCAGCUGGGACCCAGGAAGAAGAUCCUGGAGGCUGUAGCUCGCAGAAAAAACGCUCUGGAGACUCCUGGAACCAUCAAGGACACCAUCUUGUGAUCACACUGAAAACAGUUAUUUAAAAUCCAGUCUGAAACCUGAAAGUGGUCUGUUAAAACCAUUUCCCAACAACAAAUCCUGCUUUUUACAGUGAUCCUACUUUGACUCUUUGGAUAUUAAAUAAGAUUGUGGAAUACUCAACUACACCUUGGUGUUUUAAAAAGAGAAUAACUGAUGAGCACAACCAUGAUCUUAAAUCAUAACAGGACUUUAAUGUAGACAGAAACAAGAGAUGUUCUGCUGAUUGUUUCUCUCCAUAAAUGAGAUAAUGGUGGCUGAUUCGGUUGUUCUGUUCUAUGUUUUUGACCGUUCACUGCAUACUUGUCAAACAAAUAAAACGCACGUACAAGGUAAUGUCUUCGGUUUAAUAUUCUGUCUGUAUUUCCUUUGGGACAGAGAGAUAAUAGCUAUGAAAUUAAAUCUCCAGCUUAGCGUUUGAACUCGAAAAAUGUGCCGAGAAGCUGCAGUUUCAGUUGUAUUUAACACAAGCUUUAUCAUAGAUCUGUAGUAUUUUGUUUUAUUUGUCACAUGCUCAUGUAGUCUGUGCAGUGAAAUGUAAAGCUGUGCAAUAGCAAUCAGAUAUUAUCAAAAAACAAGAAAUAUUUUUAAAAGACUGCAGAAAAUUGGAAAUAAAGUCACAAUGUCGUAAAUAAUGAGGCAGAGAUCUUAAGCUAAAGUGCAGUGUAUGUUGUGCAAGAGUACAGUUAGAAUAGAAUAGAAUAGAAUAGAAUAGAAUAGAAUAGAAUAGAACAGAACAGAACAGAAUAGAAUAGAAUAGAAUAGAAUAGAAUAGAAUAGAAUAGAAUAGAAUAGAAUAGAAUAGAAUAGAGCAAUGUAAUCUAAAAUAACCUAAAUUCAGUUUAAUAUAGAGACUGUUUUCAUUGAAGUGCCAGCAUUAAUUUAGGGUGUUUUAAUCUCUGUUUGAACACUCGUGUGUCCUUUUGUGUAUAUGUACUGUCUAUUUGUUAUCUUUCUUCCUGCUGGGGCCUCUUGCCUGGUCAUCGUUGUAAAUGAUAAGUUGUUCUCAACUGAU